CUCAUUUUAAGCUUGUGCGCUACGUUAGAAAUGAUAAAUGAUGUUUUCACUGACUUUUACUUGGUUACUGUUAAAGCACAAGUUUGUGAACUGCUGCUGGUAGGACUUAAAGAAGAUGAUUCUGAUUAUGGGGCUGUAAUGCAUGCUAUUGAAUCUGUUAGACGUGAAUUGGGUUCAACCACAUUUCGUUUACUGAACGCUGCUCUACCUACAAACUCUCGACACAAACGUCUUUUUCGAACAAAGUAUGUUGAAGACGUGGACUUACGAAAUAUUGAAAACUGUUUGGUAUCUGCUGCAAAUAAAGUACUCAAUUUUAAUUCAAGUCAGACCAAUAUUGAAUGUGAUCUAAGGCCUGCUAAGCCAAGCGCUUCAGAAUUUUUAGAUACACAUGGUCGUGUUCAGGCACUUGUUGUUAAUACUAUAGAAUCAUGUUUAAGCAGCCUUUCGUCAAAUCACGAUGAGGAUGAAGAAUCGACACCCUCAAAACAAGCAUCAGCGAAUUCGACAGAACAGGACAGUGUUCAGUCUAGUGAUAAUAUCCCGUAUGGAAUGAAUUGUAAUGCAGUUCGUCAAGGAGGAAAUCUUGAGGAAACUAGAAGUAAUCAAUUUUUAUGUGUAAUUUUUGAAGGUCAUCCACUUUUUUUAAUAUGGAGUUUUGUUAUUGAAUUUUAUAUUUCGGAUCCCGACGUGCUUGAAUUGUAUGGUGAUAGACAUCUGAAAUAA